AUGGCUGAAGAAUCUCUGAUUGCUUCACCACUAGCUUGUGCCCAGCAGUCAUUCCACACAUUCAAUUCUGGGCCUUCUUCCUCUGGCAAGCAAUCAGGAAGACAGCCAGUGGCUUGCAGCGUGGGACUGGCAGGAGGUGGGUGCCUGCCGUCAGAAGUGUGUGAUGAGGAUGAGACUCACAUAGCAACGCUGUACUGCACUGUGUGCACCUCCAACUUGUGCCAUGCAUGCAGUGAGCGCUCCCAUGCCCCCCGCACCCUGCACACCCACAGGAGGAUACCUAUUGCCGACAAGCCACGGGAGAAGCCACGCUGUCCCUGCCAUCCUUCUCACACCGUCGACUUUGUCUGCCUUGAGCCCCUCUGCACCAGCACGAGUCCUCUCAUGUGCUUCAUCUGCAAGGACUACAAACACGCCAAGCACAAGCACGCACUGCUAGAGUCAGAAGCUGAGAGCGUUCGUCUGGAGCUCGGAGCAGCGACGCUGAAUGUGAAGCGCACGGCACUGCAGCUCACCAACACGCUAAGGAAACUGGAACAAAUUGCUCAUCAGUUGGAAGACUGUCCAGCAAUUGUGGACCGUGACCCAGACACGUUGCCUGGCACUGCUGAAUCACUGCCUGGACUCCCUGUUACCCACACCUUGUCUACCGCGCUGUAUCAAUCGUCGGGGGACGAUCCCCCUUCACUCGUCGCCGUGCCGUCAUCCUCGUCUUUAAUACAGGCAUCGUCUUUACUGCCUUCACUGCUGGCCACGUCCAUCGCUGCUGCUCCUGCCGUGGUUGCCGCCACCAGCCUGCCUCCUCUGAUGAGCUCGAGUGCCGCCGCCCACGGCCACAGCUCUGGAGGCUUGCCAGCCGCGCCACCACAGCAGUCGAGCUCGCCCGUGGCCGCCGUAAUGGCAGCUAUACGGGAGCACUUCAGUGCACUGCGGCAGCAACUGUUGGUGCAGGAGAGCUCUGCCAUCGUCACCCUCCACGCCCACGUUAGAGAACGACUUUGUUCCAUCAAACAGCAACAGGAGGAUCUAUCCUCCCUCAUAUCACAGAUGGUUGGUCUGGUGCUGGAGUCAGAGCGCUGCCUGCAGCAGGACGAUGGGCGGGUGCUGGUCACCGGACGCCCCCUCAUUGCUAAGCUACAGCUGCUGCAGCAGCAACAGCCGCAGCUUGAAGCCAUUGAAGAAUCACUUGGCACCAUCGAGGAUAACAUUCCCUUCACAUUCACUAAGGACAACCGCAUCCACAUCGGAGCUGUGCUGGACAUGCGGGUUGUCACUCUGGGACUGGACGGGGCCGGCAAGACGUCCAUCUUGUUCCGUCUGCAGCAGAACUCUUGUCAGCCAAGGAUCCCGACCAUUGGCUUCAAUGUUGACACUCUGCACUAUAAAAACUUCAAGUUCACUAUGUGGGACGUUGGCGGACAGCCGAAGCUGCGGCCGCUAUGGCGUCACUAUUACUACAACACUCAGGCCGUUAUUUUCGUGGUGGACUCGAGCGACCGCGACCGACUUGAGGAGGCCAGGGCUGAGCUCACCAAGCUUAUGAUGGAGAGGCAGUUGAAGGAUGUUCCGCUCCUCAUAUACGCCAACAAACAAGUGCGUAGCCACAUAUAA